CAUCGCCCACCAUUAUGGCAUGUCGGUUUGUUUCAAUUUCGUGCUAAACUUCUGUCCAGCGUUCGAAUCUGCCCUGUUCGUACUGAAUUUCGUGCAAUUUCCCGUCUGUUCGUGUACCGUGUUGUAGCGUGUUAAUCGCAGUGAAGCAGUGAGCGUGUGUUUGGUGCAGAAAGCUGCAGCGAAAGAUUUUGUGUCGUCCCUUUGUGAACAAUUAAAUCGAGUGUGCCAAGUGCUCGUUUUGCAAGUGCGCUUUUCUUUACAAAAAUACACACAGUGCGUGCGAGUGUUUCGUAUUUGCGUAUUUGUUAGCAUCCAGAAGGUAGCGCACAAUCGAAAGUGUGCGUGCGUGUGUGCGUGUGAUUUGGAGAAGUGCAUGUGAAGAAAGUGUGUGGCGUGUGUGAUCAUCCCCGUCUGCUGCAUCAACAAUCGUAGUGAAGAAGUGUUGUUGCUUCGUCGUGACACAAACGCACGCCGGGAGAGAGGGUGAUUCAGAAAGCAAACACAUUUACUCGCGAAAAAAGGAAGGUGUGAAGUUGGCAAAUCGUUCGCCGCCAAGCCCCCGCUCCUGCACCAAGUAGUGGAAGUGUUGUGUAGUCGUUUCGCACACCUUCCUCUGGGACACGUCGCGAAGAGUGCAAGGCUCCGGAAAGUGUGGCCGUAAUAUUUUAAAAACAAACCGCUCCAUCAAACAAAAUAAAAAAUGGGAUUGGCCCAAAGUAAGCGUUCCGUUAACAUAACCACAGACCCGGCCAAGGAGGGAGUGGUCGCUGAGGGCACUGGAAAGCUGGAAAAGAUUGGCGAGGUCGAUCAGCUGAAAGCACAGGCCAACGGUGACGCUCAACACAACGAUGGCGAUAAUGAAACGAAAGUGGAAACCGAUGCGGCCGAAAAUGAAAAGGACUCCACGACAGAAAAGACCACCAAAGAGGGUGGCGACGGUGGUGGCGGUGACACCAGUGUGGCCGCCGCAUCCCCAACCUCGGAAGGUGCUGAAUCGGACGCGAACAACAAAACGCUCGAAAAUGGCAGCAACGACGAGUCGCUAAACGAUAGCAAAGCGGCGGCGGCAGAUGAGGCCACCAAGAAGGCAAAGAAACCGAAAAAGAAGUGGUCCUUCCGCAGCCUGUCGUUCAGCAAAAAGGACAAACAGAAACCGGCCAAAAAGGAGAAGGACGAGGAACGGGUGAACGGUGAAUGCGAGAAAGUUCCCGAAGAGCCCACUGAGGAUGCCGUUGCCGGUACUACUACUGCUGCUGUUGCUGCCGUCGCUCAGGAAGCCGCUUCCAGCACGGCCGAAGCCGGCGCGAGCGAACCGAAAGCAGAAGCCGCUGCUGUGACUGCUGCUGCCUCCGAAGUUUCGACGACCACCGCUGUAGCUGCUCCCGCCGCCGUUGAAGCCGCUGCCGACGUUGCUGCUGCUACUGCUGCUGCACCGGCUGCUGAUGUAACGACCACUACGACCACCACCACUACCACUAGCGCUCCCGCCGUCGACAGCACCAAAGUAGAGGAACCGGCGAUUGAGGCAGUGUCCGUCGCGGCCCAAGAAUCGGCUGCCCCGGUCGCCCCGGCCGAGCCCAAGACGGUGGAGAACGGCGAUGGUCCGAAAGAGGUUGCACCAGUAGUGGCGGAAGAGCCGGCCGUCGUCCCACCGCCGGCAGUACAGGAAGACAAGCCGGAGCCGGAAACGACCACUGCUGCUGCUGCUGCCCCGGCUGACGAGCAAGUAGUUGAGCCGGCAGUUGUUGAGGUAAACAGUUCUACUCCUACUACUACCACUACUACUACUAGUACCACUACCACUACCAGUAGUUCUGCCGUUGAGGUCGAAACCGCCAAGCCCGAGCAGUCGGCAGUAGAGAGCGAAGUUGUUGCUGCUGCUGCUGCUACUACUACUUCUACUACCCCUUCCGAUACUACCACACUCGAAAAUAGUACUACCGGUGUCCCCCCCACCGCCACCAUCGCCGCCGACAGUGUCGCCGCUAGCGAGUCGGACAAGCUUGUUGAUGGUGGUGAGAGUACGCCCCCACCCCCACUACCCUCCAUUCCUCCACCCUCUCAGGUGAUGGUGUUCGUUGAGGCUUCUCUGUCGCAGGUUGCGAAUGAGCCGUCGUCGGUGGAGGAGAGUGCAGCGUCGUUGGUUUCGGUUCCGUCCGAGAAUUCGUCCGCGGAGUUGGCAGCUGCCGCUCCGACGGAUUGCCCCCUUCCCUCUCCCGUUGUUCCCCCCGUCGAAGGUUCGAACGUUGAAGUGGUGGGGGAUGUCAGUCCACUCGCUCCGUCGGCCGCCGUAGCUCCGGUGGAGGAAGCUCCGGUUGCUGCUCCCGCCGAAGAGCAAACAACUGAGCAGCAGACGCCCGAAGUGGUGGCUGAGGAGCCGCCGGUCGUUGCGGAAAAGAAGGUCGUCGCCGAUAUGAUGGCAGCUGCGCCAGCCGUGCCGGAGGAGGAGCAACCCUCGGUAACGGACGAGAUGAAGGAAACGGUUUCCAAGGCCGUGGGUGAAAUUCUCGAGCAAGCGGUUGAUAAGAUCGAAAGUGGCGACGUGCCGCUAGCUGUUGCCGCUGCUGUCGCUCCUGCUGCUGCUGCUCCUGCCGUAGAGGAGGAAACCACCGUCCCGCUGUCGGUGGAAGCAGUUGCUACAGCACCGCUACCGGCGGACCUGGAGGCAGUGGAUGAGAUCAGUAACAACAUUGACGAUCUGCCACCGCCACCACCACCACCAGCCGUCGAUGACGAGGAAACGGUGCCGGAUUCCCUGCCCUCGCCGCUGCCCACGAUUGCUGCCGCUGUCCCUGCCGAGCUGCUGGACGGUGGAGCGGACGACCUGAAGCAGCAGGAUACCAGCGUCCUCUCGGUCGACAUCUCGUCCCCGCUGCCGCAAAACAGUCUCGAAUCGCUUCCGUCGCCACCGACCCUGUCCCAGAGCGAUGUUAGCCUGCCUCCGCCGCCAGAGUCUCCGACUGUCGGCGGCAUGCCCGAGCAGCAGCAGGCGGCUGGCGUCCUGCCCGAGCCGGAAGUUGAAUCUGCCACCGCUGCCGCCGCCGCCCUUCCGUCGCCGCCUCCGCUAUCUGCACCAUCAUCUGCGGGUGACGAUCCUAUCAGCUCUUCCAUCAUCCCACCACCAACAUCAUCAUCCUCCCUUCCAGCAGCAGCAGAAGUAGAAGUAGCGAAGCAAGAAGUAGAAGAAGAAGCACUAACUCAGCAGCAGUCGGCGGUGGAAGCGACGCCAGAAGUCGCUCGCGAUGAAAGUGAAUCCGCCAAGAAUGAUGCUAGCAGCAGUAGCGCGGAGAAGAAGGAGGAGGAGGCAGCAAGUGCCGGCGAAGAGAAGGCGCAGCAGGACAGCAGCAGCGCAGCAGCAACGGUGGUGGCAGCAUCGGCGAAACCGGUGGCGGAGGAGACAGAAACCGAUGUGGCGGCCCCGGCGGUGGCCGUACCAGCGGAAGUAGAGGAAACUGUCGCGCAAAAGCAGCAGAACGGUACGGCUGACCAUGGAACCAGCAAUGGUACGACCGAAAAUGGCAAAGCUGAAAACGGCACUACCGAGAACGGCACGGUCGAAAAUGGCCAGAACGGUGUCCACGAAACGUCCGCCACAGAAAGUCUGAACGGAGAGGCUGAGCACAAAAAGGAGGAGAAAAUUCCAGAAAAGGCCGCUCAGCUUCAGCAACCGCCACCACCAGCAGCUCCGGAAGUAACGGCCGAGUAAAAUGCAAGUUUUGGCUGAACGCAAAUGACAGCAUCUAUUGAUUAUUAAUUAAUUAUAAUUCUUAUUAUUAAUAAUAAUAAUUAUAAAAAAAAACACACACACAACACAACACAAAAAAAGGAAUCAUACAACACAAACGAUUAUGGAAAAACAAAUAAAAAGGGAAUAAUGAGUUACAACUUCGAGGAAGAGGAAGGGAGGAAGCGCAUGUACGAACGAAAAAGAAGGUGUUGUCUGGAGCGAGUGAAUUGAAAUGGUGUUACGACAAGGAGCAACGAAAUGUGAGAACGAUUUACACACACACACAAAAAAACGGCUGGAUAAUAUUGUUCGUACGAUAACGAAAAACAACAGAAUCAAACUACUGCAACAUGAAGGUUUUAAUUCCUCUCGUCUCUUCAGCAUCAGCACACACGUAUAAACCACCAAUAAGAAACAUUUGAAUUUAGUCUUAACCGUAAAUGGUCUUUUAUAAAACAUUUGAUUAAAGUACGUAAAGAGAGAAGAGCCAAGAGGUAUCAAAAACAGCUCCCACAAAAAAAAAAAAAGUUGGCUCACACGAAACGGAUGGUUUAUAUAGUUAUGUUGUUAAUAGCAAUGUGUAAAGCAGGAAGAAAACAAAAUGAAAAAUCUCUCGUCUGUAUCGG